AUGGGUUUGUUUUUUAGUGUGGCGAGGGCGAGUAAUACCAAUUCGGAUAAAAGUGAGUGGGAUGGAGUCUCUUCGAAUGAGAUAUGUAAGAGACAAAGAAUGUCGCCUACGGUUGACGAAGAGAAUCCACGGCUAUUCCCUAAUCUUCCUGAUGAGGUAUCGAUUCAGAUUAUUGCUAGAGUUCCGAGAAUUUGUUACUUCAAUGUAAGGUUGGUGUCGAGGAAGUGGAAAUCGACUAUCAUGAGUUCGGAGCUAUAUAAGAUAAGAAAAGAACUAGGGACAACAGAAGAGUGGCUAUAUAUGUUGGUUAAGGUUGGAGAAAAUAAGCUUUUGUGGCAUGCUGUUGAUCCUCGGUCUCGGAUAUGGCAGAGACUGCCUACUAUGCCUAGUGUUGUUGAUGAAGAGGAAUCCAGAAAGGGUUCUUCUUCUAGGCUUUGGAUGUGGAAUAUGGUGGAAGGUAUGAGAAUUGCUGAAGUUAUUAGAGGCUUUUUUGGACGGAAGGAUGCAUUUGAUGAAAUGCCGUUUUGUGGUUGUGCUAUUGGAGCUGUUGGUGGAUGUCUCUAUGUUUUAGGUGGAUUCUCGAACGCUUCGACUAUGAGAUGCGUCUGGCGAUUUGAUCCGAUACAAAAUACGUGGAGCGAGGUGACUUCUAUGUCUACAGGUCGGGCGUAUUGUAAGACAGGAAUCUUAAACGACAAGCUUUAUGUUGUUGGAGGGGUUAGUCAAGGUUCGGCUGGAUUGCUACCUCUUCAAUCUGCUGAAGUUUUUGAUCCUUUGACAAGUAAAUGGUCAGAUGUGCCUAGUAUGCCAUUCUCAAGAGCUCAGGUCCUUCCCAACGCCUUCUUGGCCGACAUGUUAAAGCCGAUUGCCACAGGGUUGACAUCAUACAUGGGAAAGUUAUGUGUUCCGCAGAGUUUGUAUUCAUGGCCCUUUUUUGUCGAUGUUGGUGGAGAAAUCUAUGAUCCGGAAACAAACUCAUGGAUAGAAAUGCCAACUGGAAUGGGCGAGGGUUGGCCCGCACGGCAAGCAGGCACAAAAUUAAGCGUCGUAGUAGAUGGCGAAUUAUAUGCUUUUGAUCCUUCUAAUACUAUGGACAGUGGAAGGAUCAAGGUAUAUGAUCAAGGAGAAGAUGCUUGGAAAGUUGUUAUUGGAAAAGUCCCUAUAUAUGGUUCUGAUGAUUCGGAAUCGCCUUAUCUACUCGCUGGUUUCCAUGGAAAACUUCAUGUCAUCACAAAAGAUGCCAACCAUAAUAUUUCUGUUCUGCAAGCCGAGCUGCGCAAUAAUUUGAAUUCUUCACCGUCGUCCUCCUCGACUCCGUCACAAAGUUCUUUGCAUCAAUUCGUGGACCCGCCGGUCGAAACCGAUUCCGUAGUUUGGAAAAUAAUUGCAAGUAGGUGUUUGGGGCAGGCUGAACUAGUUAGUUGCCAAGUUAUUGACAUGUAG